AUGCUUCCCUCACUCAUCCUCUCUCUGCUCUCCGUCCUGGCAGAAGGGGCCAGCCUGCGACCCACCCAGACCGGCCACCUGGGGGUGUGCCCCAACCAGCUGAACCCCAACCUCUGGGUGGGAUCGGCUCCAGAGCACUCUGGUUUCUCAGCAGCCUUCCUGGGAAUUGAGAUAGUUAUUGGGAAGGAAUUCUCUUCUCCCCGGCCAGCCGUCUGCUGUACAGAAGAUGGUCCUGGGCCGAGCAAGGGGAAUCGCUGCCCAGCUGGGCAGAUUUUUGUGCGCAAUUGUGCCCGUGUGGUGGAGAACCAGCGAGGAAAAGGUUUAGGGUGGACUAUUAUAUGGGGAUCUAGUCAAGCGGAGGCUGCAGCGUUGACAUGUUCGUUGUCGCAUCCCCUACAGGACUGCGAAGGCUUCGAGAAAUGUUGCACCAACGUCUGUGGCCUGCGGAGCUGUGUGGCCGCCCGUUACGCGGAUGGAAGCCUCUCCUCACCGGAACUGGCGCGGGAGGCCACGUGCGAGAGCUUUGUCUGCACGCAGCAGGGGUCGGACUGUGACGUCUGGGAUGGCCAGCCUGUCUGCAAGUGCAAAGACCGGUGCGAGAAGGAGCCCAAUUUCACCUGCGCCUCAGACGGACUCACCUACUACAAUAAGUGCUACAUGGAUGCCGAGGCCUGCAUCCGAGGCGUCGGCCUGGCCGUGGUCCCUUGCAAGUACAUUUUUGCCUGGCCUGAUGCCAGCCCAGCCCCCACAGAGACAACGGCUCGCCCGACUCCUGGAGCAGCUGCGGAGGUGCCCGUCCCUCCGGCGCUCUACAAUAACCCUUCCCACCGGUCAGUGUACGUGGGUGGGACCGUCAGCUUCCAUUGUGAUGUGAGUGGCCGACCGCGCCCUGACAUCACGUGGGAAAAGCAGAGCGACCGCCAGGAAAAUUUCAUCAUGCGCCCCGACCGGAUGUACGGCAACGUGGUGGUUACCAACAUCGGGCAGCUUGUCGUCUACAAUGCUCAGCCGGAGGAUGCUGGAGUAUACACCUGCACCGCCAGGAACGCUGCCGGUCUCCUCAGAGCGGACUUCCCCCUCUCGGUUGUUGAGAGGGAACGCUCUGGAUGGGAAUCGAGGGCACCGGGCGUCUCACAACUUCCUCCUGGAGAGUGCCUGAAGGAACCAGACAAACGGGACUGUGAGGCCAACCAAAUCCGCUGGCAUUUUGACUCGAAGAAGGGCUCCUGCAUCACGUUCCGCUACGGAGGGUGCGGUGGGAACAGGAACCACUUCGAAACCUACGAGGAAUGCCGCCUGGCCUGUGCCGAUCACGUGGUUGACCCAUGUUCCCUCCCCGUCGUGCAGGGCCCCUGCAAAGACUGGGAGCCCCGCUGGGCCUACAACCGCCUCAUGAAGCGGUGUCACUCCUUCAUCUACGGAGGCUGCGAAGGCAACGAGAACAACUUCGACGCCAAAGAGAGCUGCGAGGACGUUUGCCCCUUCCUCAAGGCCUCACGGUGCAAAGCCUGCCGCCUGAAGAGCAAGAUGGUGUCGAGCUUGUGCCGCAGCGACUUUGCCAUAGUGGGGCGGCUGAUGGAGGUGGUGGAAGACCAGGACUCUGGCAUUGCCCGCUUUGCUCUGGACGACAUCUUGAAGGACGAGAAGAUGGGCCUCAGGUUCUUUGACAUCAAGUACUUAGAAGUGACCUUGUCCAAUAUGGACUGGAACUGCCCCUGUCCCAACGUGACCGCCGAGGACGGGCCUCUCGUCAUCAUGGGGGAGGUGCAUGACGGCAUGGCGGUCCUCGACUCGGACAGCUACGUGCGGGCGGCCAACGACAAGCGGAUCAAGAAGAUCCACGAGCUUCUGGAGAAGAAGACCUGUGAGCUUCUCGACCGGUUCAGGGACUAGCGUCGCCGGCUCUCUGCCAUGGGCAAGGGAGGACUCCCUAAAACGGUCCAUCUGUGACCACCCUUGCAUUUAUGUCAAGUCGACUCGGCCUUCCCCUCUUAGAAACCCCACAUGUCUCUGAAGAGAUGCACAGAAAUGUAUCCUCGUGCCUUCGUCGUGGGCUGUGGCCCAGCCUCUCAUUUUUGAACAUUCUGCAUUUAUUUUCAGUCUCCUGUUAUGACUCCCCCACACUCGUGGCGGAGCCAUUCUAUUCGUCUGUUUUCGUGUGUGCUGUAAUUUAUCUCUUUGUGCCUAUACCACUCUCCCCUGGCUUCUGUACGAUUAAAAGGACUUCUGUGGUUUUUUUCCCCCCAGGCAUGACUGUCUGCCUCCAUCUGUGUCCUCGUCCUUUUUUGGAUCUGCUGUUAGGGUUGCAGGGCAAGGUCCAUGACAGGGAUUUGGAUGAUUGUUUUUAAAUAAAGAUUUGAUUACUUAAGAA